GCCGUAGAGUCGGGGCGGGCCGGAGCCUACAUUUAUAGGUACAGGUAUUAUAGGCUAUCUAGAGGCGGAUUUCGGACGCACAGCUCGGGGAAAGUGAAUUUUUGCGGAGAGGGAGAACGCUGCUAUAUAUACAGAGCGAAAUUUCUUAAGCAGACAGUUCGAAGUUUUCAUUCUAGAAGCAACGACUUGGCUAGUCAGUGAUAUCCUAGUGCCUGCGUUAGUUUGAAUCUGUAGUGCAUCACAGUCAAGUUUUCCUUUCGUAAAAUGGAAUCUCCACGUGCGGAAUCUUACGCAUCUUCUGACACUGGUAGGACGAGAAUGAUUGAUGCAGAAGCUCGUCACACGGAUCUCGAUGGAAAUCUCAACGAAGUUACUGCAGACUUGACAGGGCUUGUGACGAUUUGUUGCUCGGAUUGUGAUCUUGACAGUGCCAACUACGAAAAAUGCCAGGGCGAGCUAGCUCUGCAAUGUUUAGCGUGCCGAGAGAAGUUUUAUCACCGUUUUUGGGCGAUCCGGCACAUCAAUUCUUGUGCCAGCAUCAUCAAGCAGCCAAAAUACAUCUGUGAGUUGUGCGCAACGACAUUCGAACGGAUCGAUGAACUAAGGAGACACUUUCAAGACUGUGUAAGUGAUUGUUUUACAAGUCUUCAGUUGGAGAACAACAACACGAAUUCGGAGGAAGAAUUAGAUAUGUUCAAGUACUUUGCCAACUCAUCGGAGAUAUUAAGGAAAAGCGUGAGGGAAUACGGACAUGAACGUUUUUAUGCGCACUUCUGCGUGGAGUGCCGCGAACCCAUCAUCGAUGAAACAUCGGUCGACGCAGUAGACUGCGAUGAAUGUAAAGUUAGUUGCCUGCUGCAGUGCAACACGUGCAAAUGUCUACACGAGACUUACGAGUCCAUUAUUGAGCAUUUAAAGGGGAGCUAUUGCGGAUAUAAGAUGCAAUUAGCGGUGGACCCGGAUGCUCAACUUCACGAACAGGCGUGAAAAAUUAUAAGAUGCACAAAGGCUAUUGCAAACAGAAUCGACCGUCUGGAGAUGUUUCAAUGCCCAAGGAAAGUGACGCAGCUUAUCACACAUACAUCGUGCACAAUCAUGGUUUACGUUCGAAUACAUAUGUAGAACCUUAAAACGUUUUUUAAUUGUCGAGAUGAUUUAAUUUUUUACUGUACUUAUUUAUUUAUCGUAAAAUAAAAAAUUUUUAACCGCUCAAUCAUUAUAUGCUUGUCUUUUAUUGAAUGAAAAACUGAAGUAUACUUUAUCCUCUUAGAAAAUAUUAUAAUUUCCAACUCCACAAAUAACGUUUUCCUAUUCAAAAACGUAAGAUCGUUACUGCGUGUGCAAAACUCUAAAUUUCGCACACGCUUAUCUGUUGAGGACGUAGAUUCGCACACUCGUGUCAAAAAAUAGUAUAUACGAUACACGUGCGCGUAGGUGAUCAUCAAACUCGCUUUUUUGUCACCCUUGCGGCGACAGAUGCGCUCAUGCAAAAAUAACCUACUUCGCGCACUCGUAUCGUAAUAUACAAUUUUAACAUGACGUGCGCGAAAAACGCAGUUU